GGCCUAUUUCUCGCCGAUUAUCCGCAUUGCGAGCCAUUCACGAAAGUAUAUCUCAUUAAAUAUAAGUUCUUCGCCAACGCUGUCAGAGCCAAGAAGUCUUUGGACGACCGAAACUUUUUGGGAUCUAUUCUUCAUGUGUGUUACGCACCAGAGCUCGAGUCCAUCGAUGAGACCAGAGAUAAGUUGGAACAGAGAAGAAGAUAUGUGUCUUAUGUGCUCAACGAGGGACAAUCAAAGACACCAUUGAAUACAAGUGGAAGCACUGGAAGCGUACCAAUUGUUAACCAAACGGACGCAGUUGUCUCUAAUGAAUCCAAAUCUAUUCCAGUUUAUGACAAGAAUAACGAGACAUCAAAACGAAAAUACAGUGAAAUUAAGAGCAGCUCUUGUGAUGAAAGUCACAAAACAGAAUCCAUUUCAGAGCCAAAGAAACCCAAAUUAAAAGAGACGCCAAAGAUUCGGUGGAGGAAGUGAUGACCAGACAUAUCAUGUCAUAACGAAUGCAAUCAUAUUUGAGUUAAUAACCACUCUGUGAUCAUUGAUGAGACAUUGGUGUCAAUUCAAAGAGUAGUGAAACAGUGGUCAAAAAAUGAUCGUUUUAUGCAAAAGACCCAAAGACUGGAGACAAACACUUGCGGCCAACGCUUUCGCCAACUUUUUAUUAGCGCUCGAAACGGACGGCUGGUAUUCAACGCCUCCCAUAAC